UCCUUAACCACCACCACCCACGAUGUCUAGCGGGAAGGAAUUGGCAGAAGGAUCCUCAAGCUCUCCCACCGAUUAUCAAGGCCAUCAGCAGCCAACCACACCAAGCCGCUAUGAGUCUCAGAAGAGAAGGGACUGGAACACCUUCGGGCAGUACCUGAAGAAUCAGAGGCCCCCAGUUCCACUCUCGCAGUGCAACUGCAACCAUGUGUUGGAGUUUCUUCGGUAUCUUGACCAGUUUGGGAAGACAAAAGUUCACCUCCAAGGGUGUAUGUUUUUUGGACAGCCUGAGCCGCCUGCACCGUGCACCUGCCCGCUUAGGCAGGCCUGGGGCAGCCUUGACGCCCUCAUUGGGCGGCUCCGAGCUGCUUAUGAAGAGAACGGAGGCUCUCCCGAGACAAAUCCGUUUGCUAGCGGUGCAAUCCGGGUUUAUCUCCGGGAGGUGAGGGAGUGUCAGGCUAAGGCAAGGGGGAUCCCAUAUAAGAAGAAAAAGAAGAAGACCACUCAAACCAAGGGAAAUGAUGAAUCCAGCUCUACCGUGCACUUCUCUUGACUUCUUUGCCUAAAUUGAAUCUGGUGUUUAAUAAAGAUACAAGAAAAACCAUUGAUUUUUGGCUCAAAAUGCAUUUCAAGUUACUAUAGGAAAUUAUUCUAGCAAGUUACUGUAGCUACAACGCGCUCGAGCGCACACGGCUGGCAGAGACGCCCUGGAGUUCAGAAUUGCUAUGGAAAACCUUUUUAGAUCUCAUAAUGAGACUGGGAGGCUAACUUAAGAUUUUUCUGGGAUUUCCAAGGCUUCUAGGGUUUGUUUUACACCCUAUAAAUAGGUGACCUCUAAGCUUCAAGAGAAUGUGUGCUUAGUUUUAGACAUAAAAUAUCUUCUUGGAGGCUUGGAAAGUUGAAGAGAAGAGGAACAUGGCAGGAGGCCAUCCCAGCACCAGGAUGAGCA